UGUGACUAAUUUACUGUAUGAAUGUUUAAUAGAAAAUCCGAUCAAUUUUCACUUCUGGAUUCUUAUUUUUACUUUCUGAUAAGGUUGGAAGUCUCGAGUAGCUCAUCAGGUGUGGAAUUGAAAAAUGUGGCUAAAGUGAAGGAUGCAGAUAAGGUGUUCGAUGAAAUGACAAGAAGAUUUCUGAGUUUUAAGAAGCAAAAGUUUUUCUUUGUUCGUAAGUGGGUGGUGAACGCAAAGGCUGCUAAGUUAAGAACAAAAGCUGCUGCUGAACAUCUUAGUUUUGACCAGCAAUGUAAGCAUUGUGAGAAGAGUCGAUCGACCGUUCGUUGAAGAACUUGAUGACGUACCCAGCCGUUAAAAGAGGAGGUUCUUUCUAUUCAUGGAGGACACUACAAUUUCUGGUCAUGUACAUUUGAGAAGUAGACGCUUGAUUACAAGAACACGAACAAAGCUGAUGAUGAUGAUCGUGGAUGUCUGAUCAAAGAUCAAUCAAUCUGAAGUUGAGUUUACCAGAUCCUCAU